UAAGGAGAUAAGUACGCGAUUUUCUCAGUUAUCUUCCCCUCUUUCUCUCUGGAGGUGGUUGUUGUUGUUGUUAUGUUUUUCUGAUCUCUCCGCAGCAAUCCAUCAGGAACCAGAACCAGCCGCAGCCAAAAAUCAACAAUGGGACUUCGAUCUCUCUUCCGAAGGAAGAAGAAGCGCGGCGGCUCUUUGCCGGCCGCAUCCCCGGCGGCGUCCCUGUCGUCUUCGCGAGACGGCCGUGCCGAGAUCGAGGAAGAACUGAAGCACGUCUUCAACAAAUUCGACGUCAAUGGCGACGGCAAGAUCUCCUCAUCGGAGCUCGGCUCCAUCCUCGGCAGCAUCGGCCACACGGCCACCGACGCCGAGCUCGAGGCGAUGAUCAGAGCGGUGGACGCCGAUGGCGACGGUUUCAUCGACUUCGACGAGUUCGUUGCGCUCAACACGAACGACGUUGAUUCCGACGAGGUUUUGGAGAAUCUGAAGGAGGCCUUCUCCGUCUUCGACAUCGACAAGAACGGCUCCAUCUCGGCUGACGAGUUGCAGAACGUGUUCAGGAGUCUCGGCGAGGACUGCUCCAUCUCCGAGUGCCGGAAAAUGAUCGACGGCGCCGAUUCCAAUGGCGAUGGUUUGAUUAGUUUUGAGGAGUUUAAGACGAUGAUGAUCAGAGGCUCGCGCUUCUCAACGACAGAAAGUUGAUGGAUCACGCACAUUGCAAAUUCACAUUUAAUCGCUUUUGUUUUGACUCUGAGAGGUCGGUUUUCUUUCUAUUUUUGUCCCUUUAGUUCCAUUCUUCGUUUUUCUCCAUUGAUAGGUUUCCAGUAGAGGGAUACAGAGUGCCGGUGCAUGCAUCCGAAGGAAGAAUUGCCAAUAAAUAAUUAUUUGUCCAUGUUUUUUUUUGUGAAGAGUUGAAGAGAAGGGAUAGUAUUUUUUUCUUUUAAUGCAAUUUUAGUUUAUUUAUGAGAAUCGACUUCAACCAAUGAGACUAGAAGUUUCGUUUUUCGUUGCUUUUCUUUUGGUUUAAUUAUGAUUUUGAGUUUGCAACAUU